GCAUAUUGUCCAUAGAAACUACUACAGCUAGUAUUUUGAUCUUAGGAGACACGACAACGAUUAGAAAAUCCAAGAUGUUUCUGCCUAUUGGAAGAAAAAUAUAAUGACAUGCUUUUGCACUUGAUGAGGGAUAUUAAAAGAAGGGAUUACUUGUCUUCCAUUGACAGAAAUACGAGAGUAAGAUAAAUCCGAGACAUCACUAUGAGUAGUCCAGACCACCACCAUCAUCACAAUGAUGAAUUGUAUGAACCGGCCAUUGCCCCACUUGCCCCUAAGGUCAUCCUCCAGGAAGAGGGUCAGGUGGAGGUAUCGGCAAGUCCAGCCUUCCAAUGUCUAGAUGAGCUUUUCCAGGAGGGAAGAUUGACGGGUACAAGGGUAGCCCAGCUGAAAGCCAAAUACACUGAAGUACAUAAGACUCUUGGCAGAACAAGAGAGUCUGAGCUGGGACUCCUGCAAAUGGCCAAAGAAGCUACACAAACCCUUGAGAAGCAGACAACAGAGCUAGAGAAGGCAGAUAAUUUUCCGGACAGCUCCAACACAGAGAAUACUAAGCUGAGGACCAAACUGCUCAAGCACAAUAAUGAGAUAGACCAAGCAGAAGAGAGGAAUUACCAGUAUGAGUUCAAAAUUGAAAGCUUGCAGGAGGAGAAAAGAAUGCUGGAACGAGAGUAUGACAGGCUUCCCAAGAAAGAAGAGGUAGAGAAACGAACCAAGGAGCUCAACAAGAAUGUUGAUGAGCUUCGGCAGGAGAUUGGACAGCGCAAGUUAGAAGCCAAGAAUCUCAAAGAGGAGCUUGCCAUGCGGAAAAGACAGAUUGAUCUUGAAAUGAAAGAGCUAGAGAGUGAGACCGAAACCCAAGAGAAACUGAAGGAAGAUCUUGUGGCUGUUCACUCUCUUCCAGGACAACUCAUCAAGGAGAUGGACAAGAUGAACAAAGCUAAAAAUGAGGUGGAGCGACAACGAGUGGAGAAGGAUGAGAACUAUGCCGAUCUAGCGGCCCAUCUUCAGGACCUCCUGGCCUCUCUGCAGGGCCGUACAGAUGAUAAGUUCCAGCUGGAGAGGGACAAGGCUAGGGCCCAGAAUGCACUAGAUGAACAGCAGCGCAAGUUUGAUGCUUGCAUGAAGGAUUACGAGUACCAGAAAGAGAAGGAGGCUGUCUAUAUGGGUGACAAAGCUACACUGGACCUGAGUUUGAGGCAUAUACAGAUGGAGAAGAAGAACCAGCAUGAGAUCUACGCUAGAAAGCUGCGUGAGAAGGAGAGAGAUCUGAGAAACCUCAAGAAGACAGAACUACAGCUGAAAGUGGCGAACGAGGGUGUUGCACAUACACAGACCAUUUACGACAAGGUCAAAGGUCAAGCUGACAGUGGUCCUAAGAAUGAUGGCACUCUACUGGAAAAGAGGAAAGAACUACAAACUGAAGUAGAAAAGACAAAACGGCUGUUAGCAGAUCAGAACUCAUUCACAGCCGUUGAACAAGUCAAAGUUGAACAGAGCAUUGCUGAGGAGGAGAGGCUGCUGUAUGAGCAGAGUGACUUGAGGAUAGAGGUAGUGGAACUGACUCGUCUGGCUGCUAUCAAGGGCGAUGAGAGGGAGCAGAAAGCCAGGGAUUAUAUGAGAGCUGAGAUGAGAUACCAUCGAGCACUGGAUGACCUCAAGGCUAAAGAUCUCUCCAUCAUCGACAACAAGAAGAAAUACCAGGAAAUGAUGAUAAGACUUCGGGAAUUUGCUAAGUUGUACGAUGUGAUCAAGAAUGAGCGUAAUAAGUGUGUCAACCUGAUCCAGGCCAGCACGCAGAAGGCUGCAGAGAUGAGAGAAAAGAUCAAGAUUCUACAGAAUGAGAUUGAGAUCCUCAGAACAUCAUGCCACAAGAAAGAGAGACAACUGCAGAAGAAGCGCUUGAAGCAUGUGAACGCCGUCGUCCUUCGGGAUCAGCUGCGGAACGAACUGGCCAAACAGCAGAGGAUAGAGGAAGAAAUGAGAGAGAAGCGGGAGCAGCAACGUCUGGAUAUCGCCAAGCUAAAUCUCAUGAUCAACCAAGCUGAGGAACAAAUGGUACAGCUCAGAAAGAGAUUUGAAACAGCUGUGCAGCAUCGCAAUGACAGGGGCGUACAACUGAUAGAGCGUAACGAGGAGGUGUGUCUCUUCUAUGAGAAGGUAAACAUCCAGGAGGAUAUGAUCCGGAGAGGUGAUGUUGAUCUUCAUACCAGAGAGGAGGAAAUCAGGUUCCUCAAGAUGGAUAUGGCCGAGGAGAAAAGAGCCAUUAAUCUUUUGAGACAGAAUCUACCCAACAAGAGAGCCCUCGAUCAAGAACUUACAACUCUACAGAUCCAGCUUGCCCAGUGCCAGGAUAGAAUGAACGAGCUGGAGCAUCAAUUGGAGAACCCUCAUGAUGAGAAGAGAGUUAGGUUCUUAGAAGGAAGGGAUCUCAAUCCCCAAGACCUCAACAUAAAGAUUGAAGAUCUGGAGAUUCGCCUUGCGGAGAAGGAGGAGCACUUGUUAGAGAAGGAUCUUAUCUUUGAUCAGGUGACCAGACUUUCUGAUCGUGUCAACAACAGGGUCAACGCUGGCAAAGAUGACACUCUAGAACUAGCAAAGAAGGUCAAUGACCUCCAAGCCCGAAUCAAAGAGAUCACCCGUAAGAUGAUGGCUUCCGUGUCGGAGCUCUCCAUGACCCAGGCGGAGGCCCUGAGGCUCCAGCAGGGGUCUCGUGAUGGGGAGGCCAGGCUCCAGCAAGCCUACCUGCGCAUGGAGCAGGGAGAGGCCCCUACCCCAGAGGCAGCCAGGGAGUGGGAGAGGAUGAUGAGGGAUGAGUCCAGGAAGGCCAUGGAUAUGGAGACUAGGAAACAGAUGGUGGAAGAGGAAGAGCAGUACAUCUUGCCUGGUGGGAACGCCACUACAGCAGAGCCCCGCCCCAACGCAUACAUCCCUGAUGAUGACAACGAUCUACCAGUGCCACGCCCGUAUGGACUCCACGCCCCCUUCAAGCCUCAGGAGGGUGGGGCUAACAUGAGGCACAUCAGGAAACCCAUCAUCAAACCCAUCGAGAUCUAGGAGCUAGCUUUGAUGGUUGAGCAAAGAAUCUAAUCUUACUGAGGUUAUUAGAGUGAACAUGGUCACCUGAUAUAUCUCCAAAUGUUCCAUCAUGUAGUGAUGAAAGUACUUCUGUUGAGCGUUAUGGUGUCUUAAACAUUUGAAUGCACAAGAUUACCAGUAGAUCGCAGGAAUUAAUUGUAAAUUAUUUACAUUUUGGAGUGGGUUAUCCAUGUUGGGCCUGCUAUAACAUUCACCUCUUGAUUCUUGGAAAAAGGACCAGACACUUGUCUUUUUAAUUGUUCAGAACAGAUACGGACGACCCAAUACCCUUUGCACUGCACCUUGUGUUGCUUCAAGCACACACUAAUAUGGUCAUGUGGAUAUAUGUUGUUUAAUAGAUAUAUGGUACAGAUUAUAUUAUCAUUUGCUUAGUUAAUGUUUAGGGAUUUAGUGCUUGUUCACUAUGAUGCCCAUUUUUUGUGUAAAAACAUACUGUUCAAGAAAUUGUGUUCACAGGCAUUACUUUCAUUGAUAGUUUUGCAUUUAUAUGUAUUCCCACCUGUAAACCAUCUUCCGUUAUUAAUUAAGAAAAAGUUCUCUCAUAAUGUUGGUGGAGCUAGUUGAUGUUGUUUGGUGUGUGAUUUUACAAAGACCGUCCAGUGAAAUUCCAGAGGUAACAGAAAAUGUGAAUUUGUGUAUGUGGUAAAAUGAUGUCCUAUGUUGACAUUAGUAUUAUCAAUCAUUGUAAAAGAUUAAUUAAAUAACCAUUGUGUGCACUAAUUACCUCGCUUAUGUUUCUAUGAUCCAUAGCAUUUUAUACAGCAUCAAUAUUCACCUUUUUACGGUUAAUCCGUCCAUAUUUUUUCAAAGUUAUUGCUUCUACACCAAAGUAUUAAUUAAUGCUUUUGCACCAAAGUAAAUGAUUGAAGCGAAGUUAUUUACCAAAGUCACUUAAUUGUUUUGAGGAGGUUUCAAAUGGUACUAAACUAAUCAAGGUUGCUUUGAAUGUUUGUCGUGUUGACUGUAUAGUUACAUGUAUUGCACUUGUUAUCACUCCUUCCAGUCUCACAACCAAAGCUUUUGAAGAGAGAAUUAUAUAGUUACAGCAGAUAAAUGUUAUAUAUAUAUAUAUAUAUAUAUAUAUAUAUAUUAUUGUAAAUAAGUUUUAUGUUAAAUAUGAUUCAAAUUUACUAUUAAGUGGUAUUGCUUCAUUAACAUGUGUCUCUAUAUGUAAGUGCAUGUGCAAGGCUAAAUAUCUCUAGCUUUUUGUGCAUAUUGUAGAUAACAUUUACACUCAUUUGACUGUAAAUAUACUAUAUAUAAAAAAAUCUGUCAUUAUUCAAUUGACAUCGAUUUUGAGACAUUUGUGCGAUGUUCAGAAAUUGUGGAGAUAUACAUAUACAUAUACAUUUGGCGUUGAUACUGUUGAGAAAGGAUGCUUGUAAAUAUUGGAAGCUAUAAAUGAUAUUUUCCAAGAUCUUGUCUGAUCAUUUGUUUCAGAGCUACAUGUAUGAUGUACCUAUCACUCUGAAGCAUCAUUUAGCUUAACAUAAGGAGAUGAUUAAAAGCAAAUAAUGGUGAACAAAAAACAACAGAACAAGACAAAUAUACAAAUAGCACUCGUUAACACACUCACAAGCACAUUUAUUUUAAUGGUAUCCUAAAGAUCACAUUCUGCCUUUAAACUCAUUUUAAUGGGCUUUGGAGAAGCAGAUGCAGUUGAAAAAGGUGAUGAAUAAUUAUGACAUUAAAUUUUAAUGUUUUAAAAAUCAUUUUUUAGAUACAUUUCAUGUCAUCUGACUGUAAAUGACCAAUUUUUUAUAAUUACAACCUCAUGUAAAGAGGGGUUGCAGGGGCACCUGGAAGGGGUCCAAUUCCAAAAAUGUAUUUGAAAAACAAAUAAAGACUAAAAAGGGUUAUCAAAGAGUAAAGGCGGGGCAUUUCUCCAAAAUCCUCCAACCUCCAUGACUUCAUGCCCCCCCCCUCAACUAGAUGGUUAGUUUGAUUUGAAAUAAGUUUGCCACACUAUUUUAAAUAAAUCCAAAUGUACCUAAUUUUUUCUUUCAUCGUGACGUUACUUUAGAUUUCUGUAUGACAUUUAUUUUUUUACAUUUUUGGACAGAAUAUACAGCACUGAUAAAUUCACCCAUUUUCUACAACAUAUUACUUCCGUCAGAGGUCUUACCAGUUCGGCACAAAAAAUAAGAACAAAAUCUGCAAUUGAUAUUUACUCAUCUUACACACGAUCCAAUCACCAACCAUUCCUUUGCUAUUUUUUCAAAAUGUUCUCACAAAAAUAACAGAAAGAUUUAUAUUAAAUGUGUACCUUAAAUAAUUUAUGGGCUGGAAUUCUUCUGUACAUCUACAGAAUAUCUAUAAGAAUCUAUACAGAAAUCAUUCUGAUCACUUUAUAACAAUGCACUGGAUUCAAGCAUAGAAUGUUUGCAUAUUUCAGGUUUUAUUACAUACAUGUAUAGCGAAUACUUUAAGAAGCAUAGACAUGGCAUUCCACAGGAGACAUUUUCUGAUUUAGUAAAACUGACAAUAAGUACAUAUAUCUUGACUUCUUUAGCUGUUGUUGUGAUUUGAAGCAUCCCAAGCAAUUAGAUUACACAUGAAAAGCUUUAUAUGUAACAUGAAAGGAAUAAAAAUUCAUCCAUUAGUAUGAUGAAUGCAACAUCAAUACAGUUUGUUACUCCAAUAAUCAGUAGGCAAUAAAUCAGUUAAACAUUCAAUCCAUAAAGUAUAUGGAUUUUGUAUGGAUCAUUUUGUAAAUUUAUUAAUUUCAGGUCAUUGAUUUCUACGGCACUAAUUUUGUCUUCACAGUCUAUAACAAAAAAAAAGUUUUUGUACAGUGACGUGAUAGUAUAAGACCAUCUUUUAUACAGUUGUCUAUAUAAAUAUUUUAGUUUGAGUACCGUAUGUUCUUUGAAAGAAUUUUAUUUGUGAAAUAUACGACUAUGACUUGAAAACUUG